AUGAAGAUAUCCAAAUCGGAUCGUGCGAUUGAGGAGAAAUUCGAUUUGUUUUGCGCUGCCAACUCCUUCGCAUCCAUUUUGACCAGCUUCAAUCGAUUGUGCGCGCUUACAGUCACUGCGCCAACCACCGGUCAUCCUUGGAAUAUUUACAGGGAACUCAGCGCCCAUGUGAAACCAUAUUGGAAGGGAGCGGAGUUGUUCAAAAAGUUGGACAAACGAGUUCAUUCUCCGGACUACAUGCAUCAAACUGUGUGUAGCGGCGUAAAUGCCCUCGUUAUCGGAUGCGGCCCGUGCGGCCUCCGCUGCGCCAUCGAACUGGCCCUAUUGGGUGCCCGAGUUGUCGUGGUAGAGAAACGCGAUGCCUUCUCCAGGAAUAACGUUCUUCAUCUUUGGCCAUAUCUGAUAGAGGACCUUCGUGGACUGGGUGCGAAGACAUUCUUUGGGAAGUUUUGCGUCGGUUCCAUCGAUCACGUCAGUAUCCGUACUCUCCAAUGUAUUCUCCUCAAAGUGGCUCUCCUCUUCGGUGUCCAAAUUUUCCCUGGUGUGGCCUAUCGUGGUCUUGUUCAACCGACUUCCGAUGUUUCCGACUCGUUCAACCUGAAUGUGCCUAAUCGACUGUUUGUCAAUCAAGACACCUCCUCCAGCGCCCCCCUUAUGAACGGGCACUUUCGAGAUGUGGCAGACCAUCCUUCUCACGUAAGGAGAAGACACACACCCUCAACGAAUGGCACAGUGUAUCACUCGGAGCUGGGACAUUCGCGUCGAACUGUCGGAUGGCGCGUAAGACUGGAACCCGAGGUGGUCGCGUUACAGAACUACGAGAUUGAUGUUCUCAUCGGUGCGGACGGUAAACGAAGUUGCAUCGGGUUUCCUUCCAAGGAACUUCGAUGUCGUCUGGCGAUCGCAAUCACUGCUAACUUCGUCAACUAUCGCACGCAGGCGGAGACCGAGGUGGAAGAGAUUAGUGGAGUAGCGAGCAUAUUCAAUCAACAAUUUUUCGCUCGUUUGGCCUCCGACACUGGAAUCGAUUUGGAGAACAUCGUGUACUACAAGGACGAGACGCACUACUUCGUGAUGACGGCGUGCAAGCAUAGCCUCUUAGCCAAGGGCGUAUUGAAGCAGGACCGAGAAGAUUCCGAGCGGUUGCUCUGUUCGGAGAACAUCGACCAUUCGGCGUUGCAAGCAUAUGCACGCGAGACUGCAAACUACGUGACCCGCAACCAGCUUCCGCGAUUGGAUUUUGCAAUCAAUGCGCGCGGGCAACCGGAUGUGGACGUGUUCGAUUUUACACGCAUUUUCGCAGCUGAGUACUCGUGUCGAAUGCUGGAGCGGAAGCAGCAUCUAUUGAUGCAAUGUUUGGUCGGUGAUGGAUUGUUUGAGCCCUUCUGGCCUACUGGGAGUGGCUGUGCGCUCGGAUUCUUGUCCGCCCUAGAUGCUGCCUGGGCCGUCUCGCGUCUGGCCACUGGAUUGCAUCCGUUGCAAGUGCUCGCUCAGCGCGAAUCUGUAUACCAGCGACUGAGCCAGACAACUCCACAGAACAUGCCCUCGAACUUUGCCGACUACACCAUCGAUCCAAAGACAAGCUCCGACAUCCACGGCAGAGGCGAAAGAUGCAUCUCUACAAAAGCGACCAACGCAAAAGUCGCUUGUCCUCCUCAUCACCGCUGUGUCCUACAAAAUGGCUACCUGGACGCUAGCAAAGCCAAGCGUGUAUUUCGUGAGGACCCCAACUGGUCCGUUGAGAAGGGCCUUUUGCUCAAACGCCGAGCAGAGCUGAUUGCCACGUUGCAAGAUCCGGCGUCGACCAAGCGACAUUUAUCUGUGCAACCACUGUUGAGUAUCAAGAAGCGUCCUUUUGUUCGAAAUGGUUCAGAUCGAUCUAAAAGUCCACGAUUAAAGCAGUUAACUUCUUUUCCAUCCUACCAACCGGAGCAGCGCAAUCCGCCGACUCGGUCGCGGUCGAACCAUGAGGUCAAUUCGUCGGCGCAUCAGACAUCGACCACAUCGACAAAUACGGAUCGCCUCUCUGGCCCUCGCAAAGGUGGUGGUAGCACCCAGUGCCGCAUGUGCAACAAGCGAGUAUAUUCCAUCGAACGGGUGACCGCCUUCGGAUCCAACUUCCAUCGCAAUUGCCUCCGAUGUCGUGUGUGCGACUCACAGCUGCAGCCAGAGAAAGCAGUCCGUGCUCGGACCGCCACAUCGGAUACGUUCUUCUGUUUAGCUCAUUCGCCUCUUAAGUCAAACGGCGGAUCGAAAGAGCCCAGAUCGCGUGCCAGUUCAACCGGUGUUUCCGCUGCUGAUCGAUUACGCGCUGGGCCACUUCCGCCAGACAACUCAAGAGCUCCUCCGGUGCAGGAAUCUCAGAACCGUCCCAGUGUGCUUGCCAGGGCACAUGCACUGGAAAAUCCCCCGGCUGCGGUUCUCUCCCGACCAAGUCGUCGUCCAGUUUCUAAUAUCGACCCCUCAAAGUCCGCUCUUCUUGCUGGCUUGAGCGAUGGGGACGACGCAGUAAUGGGCGUGGUAGAUGUCCGCGCGUUGAUCCGCAAUUUCCGUGGGGCACCAUCAGACUCAUCUACCUCUCCAUCCCCUGUACGGCGGUAUGUUGGGUCUCGGAAGCCACUAUCAGCAGCACCUAUAGGCCCUUCCGGGGAUGUUCCGGUCGACCGGCUCCGCGCCCCCGGUAUCCGAGACGAAGGUGCUCCGGGACCAGAUUGUUUUUUGGCCGGGCAUUUGGGUCUACCCGAGGUGGAACGAAGAGCGAUUUGGGAAUUGAACACUACCAUUGACCUGCCAGACCUCUCCGUCUCCGAUCUGUUGGAGCACAUGCGAUCUAAUCGGAGAGCUAUCCUUGGUGAUGGGGACUACUUCGCGUCCACGGAAUCGGACGACUCACAUACUGCCUGUGACUCAGAUGCCCUCAAGACCAGAGUACUGCCUCUUCCUUGCAAACACAAGGGCCGGGACUCCACCACCACCGUCGCACCGUGCAACACUCACCGAACAAUCGAAUCAAACAUUACACUUACUACCAUGACUACAAUGAACAGUAGUCCGGCAUUACUGAGUUCUCAGACCAGUUCCGUGCUCGACCAAACGCAUCCCUCAUCAGUCAUGGCGGCAAAGCGGCGUUUCUGCAUGGAACCACCCAAGCCUUUGAUCAUCGACCCGAAGCAGUUCAUCAGCAACAAGAAUCGUGAGCGUACCACCACGAACUCGCUGUCAGAUUGCACUGAAUUCACACAUCCUAUUCAAGAAGUGGAAUUGCUCCGACGCCUCACUCCGCCGUCUAACGGCUCACCCUUACACUCCCCCGGUGCCUUGGUUGUUCGUGAUUUGCCACUUGAAGCGACUCAAGUGCCACUCAACAGCUCCACACCACACACUUCUGACUGCGACGUGUUCGAUCCCUUUCCAAACUCACAUCACCUGCAUUCCGUCAUUGUGUCCACGCCGUCCCCAGCCGCCUCCUUCGCCCCUCUGGAACAGCUCCGUGAUAUCGAUUCUUUGUCCACCACUACCACCACCACCACCACUGAACAUUCAUCCACAGAAAGGUUAUCGGAGACAGACGAUCUAGGUCCUAAUAUCUCUGCGUGCCCCCUACCUGCUCAAACCCCUUGCUUGUGCCCCGUGGUAGACAUUCCAGCUGUCGAUGCGUUUGUUUCCAAAUCGACCGGAAUUCUUAUACACCCGACCAGUUCUGAGGGCUCGGAUGUGACUGAUACGAGUAGCGCUGAUCUGGACUCAGCCGUCGUCAUCCGACCUAUCCAGACUCGAGCACCGAGCAUUAUCAUUCAAGACGAACGCCUUCCUGAACCGCGAUCAAGUCCCACGGAAGACACCAGUUCCGCUGACUGUACACAGAAUGAUCAGCUGGCUCCGAUCGUGUCCGCAGGGCAAGAAUCAUCUAGUAGUUCGCUAGUCUACGGCUCUGCCCAUUCAAUGGUCGGGAGUGACGUUCGAAUCCCUCCCAUGCCUCUUUCACUUCUGCAGGACAGCAAAAUACAUCUCCCAAAAACCUCGUCUGAGGUUGGCUGUGCAUGCGCGCCUGUCUUUGUAAAGGAUUUCUCCCAAGGGGCGGAAAACCUAUCUAGAACACAUUCACUUGUCUCCCCUGACAGACCUCGCCCGCUUGCUGGUGCACACUCCUUUAGUGUACCAAAUUUAUCAGAUUUUCUUAGGUCCACCAAUUUUGUUGAACCUAGUGAAUCGAAAGUUCAGUGCUGA